UAUUUAGUUAAUUUAUUUAUUAUAUAUUUAAUUUGUUAUGAGUGCAAAAAAAAUAUUGUAAACGAGCAUCAAGAAAAAAAAUUGGUGUGAAAUAAAGUGGUGUCAUGAAAGUUGUUAUAGAUAAGUUUCCACGGGAUAGAUUUCAAUUGUCAAUUAGCAAUACGUUUCUUCUUCACCAGACUCAGUCAUGUUAGCAAGAUCAACUAAGAGUAGUUUGGUUUUAUCCAAAACAAGUGCUUUAGUCAGAAAGUUUAGUACAAGAUCAAUUGUAUCACAAGCUGCCUCAGUUGAAGAUUUAGCUAAAGAAUACCAUGGUGAUAAUGUUAAUUAUGGAGAAUUAUCCAAAGCUCAAAAGGCAUUUCUUGAUAGGGUUAUUCGUGUUGAUCAAGCAGGUGAAUUAGGGGCCAAUUAUAUAUAUAUGGGUCAAUAUGCUGUCUUAGCAUCUAAAUAUCCCCAUUUGAAACCAAUUUUACAACAUAUGUGGGAUCAAGAGAUUCAUCAUCAUAAUACUUUUAAUAAGUUACAGACUCAAAGAAGAGUAAGACCAUCGAUAAUAACUCCAUUGUGGAAAGUAGGAGCUGUUGCUCUUGGAGCAGGUACAGCUCUUAUUGGUAAAGAAGCUGCCAUGGCAUGUACUGUUGCUGUUGAAACAGUGAUUGGAGGACAUUAUAAUCAACAAUUAAGAGUAUUAAUGAAUCAAUAUGAUACCCCAAUUUAUGACAAGGAAACUGGUGUCAAGUUAACUGAAGACAGUAUAAAUAAAGAUAUUGAAACAUCUCCAGAAAUUGAAGAAUUAAAGCAUACCAUUAAAGAAUUCAGAGAUGAAGAAUUAGAACAUUUAGAUACUGCUCUUGAACAUGAUGCUGAAAAGGCGGUUCCUUAUAUCUUAUUAACAGAAGGGAUUAAAUUAAUCUGUAGAGGUGCUAUUUGGACAGCUGAAAGAAUCUGAUAGUUAUAUACCCUUCAGAACAUACUUAUGACAUCACUCACGACGUUGAAACUGACAUCAACACACUUAUUCUUAUUUAUAGAUAUACCUUUUCUUAUAAAAUAUAUGACAACUAUUCGUUUUCAACUAAAAACCAUAGAAUUUCCCAUAAUAAAAAUCUGUA